UGGCGCGUCGCUGUGUCCAAAAUGUGUUGGUUACCUUACCAGCAAGCAUCAGCAUUGAGAUGAAUUCUCCAGCUCAAUUAUCUGCUUUCAGUUGAUAAGCCCACUGCUGCAAUGCGAGCAGUGAUUUUCCAAGAAACGUCUAUGCUGCGGUUAAUCAUCAGUUGCCAAACUCCCAGUAUCAGACGAUGUCGAAUUUCGGGGAUCAUUCCGCGUUUGACCAUGAGAGUAUUCGCACUUCUAGGACUAGGGCUGUCGUUCGGAUUGUGCUUCGCGCAGCUAGCUGACGGUGCUGGCAAUUGCGGGGAAAAGAAGGUGGUCUCGCAACAGCUCAUUGCCAAUGGGUACCGAGCGCUGGCCGGUUCCUGGCCUUGGCACGGUGCCAUGUUCCAUCGAUACAGGGAAGGCAUGACUCGCUACGCUUGCGGAGUGACGAUUUUGACGGAGCAGUUUGUGAUAACGGCAGCUCAUUGUACGCUUAGUGAUCCAGAUAGGCAGAAGCUACCGGCGAGUCGCGUAUUUAUCCAAGUCGGUAUAUCCAAUCUGGAUUCGCCGGACAGACACAUGCGGCAGCAUAAUAUUGAGUUGAUCACUCGGCACGAAGAGUAUGAUCAGGCCACUUUUGAGAAUGAUAUUGCGCUGCUGAAGCUAUACACUGAAAUUACCUACAAUGACUACAUACAGCCCGUGUGUUUAUGGCAGGGUGAUGCUCAGUUGAGCAAAAUAAUCUCAAAAGAAGGGUUCAUAGUUGGGUGGGGACGUGAUGAACAUUAUAAAUUACCGAUGGAUUUGAACGAAGCAACGGCUCCAAUUGUGUCUCGCAGAGACUGCAUUGCCAGUGAUCCUUAUCACUAUAACAAGUAUUACUUUGAGUCAAAAACCUUCUGUGCAGGUGGUAACGGAGCUGUCUCCACAUAUGGAGACAGUGGAGGUGGCUUGUUUUUACGAGAGGGUACCAGUUGGGUUUUACGUGGAAUUGUUAGUAAUGGCAAAGCAGACCCAAACAAUAAUCUAAAGUUAGUGCUGGAUAGCUACGUUAUUUACGUAGAUGUUGCUUUCUACUUGAACUGGAUCGAAUCCAGAGUGCCUCUUUUGCCAAACCAGAGACCACCAGUUAUAGAAGAUGCAAAUCCGAACUCCAAUCUGCUGGGAUUAGCAAACUGUGGUAAGGAUACGUAUCCAUCAGGUACACCGGAAGAAGUGAAGGGAUAUUUGAAUCAGUACCCUUGGUUGGCUGUCAUCGAAUUCAUGGGUUCAAACACUCAUGUUCUAGAGGAUGCCUGCCACGCAGUUUUGAUCCAUCCUAAGUUUCUCGUUACUGCUGCCCAUUGCAUCCAGAAAGACCGAAUUCGAUCGAUUAGACUCAACGAUUAUCGCUUAGACACCAAGAAUGACGUUUUCGACAUCGAUGGCCAAUCCAUCCCAACUACAGCGAAUAGGAUCGCCGUCCAUGGCAUAUCUGUACAUCCGAACUACGAUAACUCGGUAUUCUCCAACAGUAUUGCUUUGGUCAUGUUGAAUCAACCAUCGUCUGCGAUUCCCAUUUGCCUUCCUCCGAGGGGAGUGACCAGCCUGCCGAGCGACAAACAGUUCACCAUCAUCGGUUGGAAGAAAAACAAGCACCAGGAGAAACCAAUGAUCCGAAACGUUGUCCGCCUGGCAAACUUCAAGGCCUGCCGGAGCAAGUACGCCGAAAAGAGGAUUCCACUGGAUUCAAGCGGCGGGCAAGUUUGCAGCACCUACUCACACGAUGACGAUAGUAGGAGCUGUUCGCACUACAUGGGAUCGGCACCGUUCCAGUACGUGAAUAACGGACGCUACGAGGGACGAUACUUCCUGGCGGCGAUAUCAUCCUUCGGCCACUCCGAUUGCAAGCGGGAUGAAUUUCCCGAUGUGUUCACCAAUGUGGCGCACUAUUCGGACUGGAUUUACAAUAAGAUAAAACAAUACGAGUAAAGUAACAGUACGAUUUGUAAACAUUCCAAAAAUAAACGAUCGGUUCUUGCAAUUUGAAAUACAUAUUGAAUAUUGAGUAGUAUAACAACACAGUUCAAAACGAUAAACGAGUUAAGCAGAAAUCCCAUCCGGCUUUCGG